AUGGCGAGUCGUGCUGUCUUCACGGACCAGGAGCGGCCAAGACCGUGCAGGUCGACGGCACCGAGAAGGAUGUGUAUAGUGGGAAUAUUUCUGGCUUUUGCUUCACACAGUCGUGAUUUCACUGCAUGGCUUGGACAGAGCUGGAAGCCACGCUCUUCUCCACGCUCCAGCCCAGGAUUGCGAGCCACCCAACUGGAUGACUUGGAUGGUGUCGUGCUUGUUCCCAUGGCCGAUGAUGACGUUAGCAUAGAUGACAUGAAGCCACCGCCACUGCCGGACCUCCAGGUGGAGGAAAGGAAUGAUGGUCCAAAAAAGUUUCCUGCCUUGGACGGCAUGAGACCCUCUUCUCCGAGGAUAGCGAAGUUGCCGGAUGUCGAGGGCUUAGAAGACGGGAAACGGUCACUCACGGGAGAAGUGAUUGCCACUGGCAUGGAGCUCUCGCUGCCGAAGACCAAAGGCAAAGCUGGCAAGAACAAGCGUUGGUUGAAAGGUCGGGGAGCUGCGAAACGCCGCAAGCUCGAAGAGAAUUCUCGGCUGGAGAAGUGGCUGGAAACGAAUGGUGUCUGGGUUUCCGAGACUGCCGCAUGGGGUCAACCGGCUGCUGGUGUGUCCAUGGCAGUAGAGACACGCGAGCAAACCGAAAACGAAGUUUCAGGCCGUGGUUUAGUCGCUCGUCGUGACAUUGAGCAGUACGAGGAUUUGGCUCGGGUUCCGAAGCCACUUCUGUUGACGAAGGAGAGCUCUUGCGAAGUGUUCGGGGAGGAGUGCAUCCCUUCAGACAUGAGUGAAUACCCUGCCAUCGCACUGCAUCUCGUUUAUGAGAAGUUUGUCAAGAAGGAGGAGUCGUUUUGGGCGCCUUACAUCGCCGUCCUGCCGUCCACAGAAGAGGUAGGGGCUUCCUUCUCUUGGGAAGACGAGGAGUUGAAUACACUACUGAACGGAAGCAUUUGCCGAAACAUGUCUUUGUAUUUGAAGGAGCAGGUGCGAGACGAGUUUAAACGACACCAGGCUACGAUCUUUAAGCAGUUUCCGGAGAAGUUUCCUGCUGAAGCGUUUACUCACGACAACUAUGUUUGGGCCUAUGCCAUUCUAUUCAGCCGAGCUGUGCGGCUUGAUUUCCCUGACGGUCAAGACGAAGAGGACACGGUAGCUCUGGUUCCAUACAUUGACCUCAUCAACCACAACCCCAACUCAGAGUCUAGAAUCCGAGGAGUCAGUGAAGGUGCAAAUGUGCCGGGCAUCACUUCCACAGAGCGCUACGUGGUCGUCAGAUCUGAUAGGUAUUACAACAAAUACGAGCAGAUCUACAUAACAUACGGCAAAAAAUCCAAUGCUCAGCUCUUGAUGUUGUACGGGUUCAGCAUGGAGAGGAAUACGCAGGAUUCCGUGACAAUCGCUGCCGGGCAGUUAAUGGAAACCAGUCCAUUUGCCGACGUGAAGAAACGGGUGCUCGACGAGAUGGAGGUUCCGCCAGAGGGCGUUUUCCCCCUCUACCGUGAUCGUUUCACCAACGAAAUGAUGAUGUAUCUGAGGAUGGCCAUCAUACAGCCUGAAGACCUGGAUCUGGAUGAUGAUGCUGAUCCGAAGCAGGUGUACAGGGCUCUGAAGCAGCUCGAUAUCAAGCAGGCCACAGGGGAGUGCCUUGGACGACAAUCCUGA